UUUAGGGAGGAGCCGUUAUUAUGUCUUCCUCAUAAAUCAGCGUCCCGACAUCUGCAACGCGCUGCAACGUUUCUCUCCCAUCUCGUCCAUCUACAAACAGUCGAAUGGAGCAUUCAGUCAGCCCGGACGGUCGCACCCGCCGUCACAGUGGCACCGCUCGCGAAUCACAUCGCAGCGGACAGGCAGAUAUCGCUCCCGCCAUCCGUCGCGCGCGCAAUCGCUCGACUGACUCACAGGAUUCGUCCGGCUCGCGCAUGUCCCGUCUGUCUCGCCGUGUGUCACGCGUUCUCUCACUCCGCCGAGCGCCCGAAGUCAUUCCGGUGAGAGACCUCAUCCUCAUGAAUGAAAUCAACGAGGACAACGUGGUGGCUGUUUUGAAGAGACGGUACGAAGACGAGGAGAUUUACACGUACGUCGGAAGUGUCGUGGUGUCUGUGAAUCCGUAUCGCAAUUUGGCGAUUUAUGAUGAACACCAAGUCGCGCGCUACCGAGGUGGCAACUACUGGGAUCCGAGCCUCUCCCCUCACGUGUUUGCUCUUACUGAUAGUGCGUACUCUGAUCUUCGUUUCAAGGGACGUAAUCAGUGUGUUAUCAUCUCUGGUGAAAGUGGAUCUGGUAAGACCGAAGCAUCGAAGGUGAUCAUGCGAUACGUAGCCGCCGUUAGCCCCAGUGGAGCUCAAGUCGACGAAGUAAAGACAAAGUUACUGAAAACGAAUCCCGUACUAGAAGCAUUUGGGAAUGCCAAGACGGUGAGGAACGACAAUUCGAGUCGGUUUGGCAAAUACAUGGAUAUUCAGUUUGAUUACCAUGGCAACCCAGUGGGUGGAAAUAUCACUACUUAUUUACUAGAAAAGGCUCGACUUGUACGACAAAAUCCAGACGAACGUUGCUUCCACAUUUUCUACCAGAUGUUGGCUGGUGGUCAAUUGAAUUCACUUCAGAUGGACAGUGAUCCAAAUCAUUAUCGGUAUCUGAAUCAGGGGAAAUGUGUGAAGGUGAAGGGAAUCAAUGAUCAGGAAGAUUUUCGAGAAGUCCAGCGAUCUCUAAAGUUUCUCGGAUUCAGCAAGGAAGAUGAAAGCAUCAUUUUCCGAGUUCUCGGCGCAGUUCUGCUACUUGGUCAACUGGAUUUCAUAGCCAAUGGAGAAGGAUCCACAGUAUCCAACAGAGAUUGCUUAGAGAAGAUUGGGCGUCUACUAAAAGGAGAUCCACAAAAACUCGAGGCUGGAUUGAGUCAUAACACGGUUGUUGUUGAGGGAAAGCUCGUCUCUUCGUUGCUGAAUCGAGAGAAGGCUUCCUAUGCUUGUGAGACUCUGGCAAAGUCACUUUACGAGCGAUUAUUUGGAUGGUUAUGCACUCGAAUGAACGAAACUCUAUGCGUACCAUCCGAUUCGGUGAAGGCAGUCAUAGGAGUACUCGACAUCUAUGGCUUUGAAAUACUCCAUACAAACGGGUUCGAGCAGUUCUGUAUUAACUAUUGCAACGAGAAACUGCAGCAACUGUUCAUCGAGCUGACACUGAAGACCGAACAGGAGGAGUACAACGCAGAAGGUAUUACAUGGGUAGACAUCAAGUACUUCAACAACAGAGUUAUAUGCGAUCUUGUUGAUCGGAAGCCGAAUGGGAUUAUUGCAUUGCUGGAUGAGGAAUGUAUUAGACCCGGUGAUCGGUCAGACGAGAGCUGGCUGAGCAAAAUGGAUCAAGCGAUUGGUCAGCAUGGUCACUAUCGCAGCCAACGAUCGACGAAAGAUCGUAAGAUGCCGCAGAAUGUGUUUGUGAUGAAACACUAUGCUGGAGACGUUGUUUACACCAUAAGCUCCUUUGUGGACAAGAACAUGGACACACUUUUUAAGGAUCUAAGCCAAUCGAUGUUUGAGUGUGACAAUCCUCUUCUGAAGCAAUUAUUCCCUGACGGUGACACAAAGAAAUGGUUAGGUGCCACGAAACGGCCCGAAACUGCCGGCAGUUCGUUCAAGAAGUCGAUGGCAUCGAUGAUAGGAGAGCUCAACUCGAAGACUCCGAGUUACAUUCGUUGUAUCAAGCCAAACGAGAAGAAACGUCCGAACGUGUUCGACUCACAACUCGUACUGAAACAAGUUCGUUAUCUUGGGCUGGUGGAGAACGUGCGUGUUCGACGUGCUGGCUACUGUUAUCGAGCGCCACAGGACAAGUUUCUCGAUCGGUUCAAGCUGGUGUGUCCGCACACGUACCCAGUGUGGGACGGAUCGACGAGAGACGGAAUUCACGAAGUCUUUCUCUACAUCGGUAUCGUAUCGGACGAGUUCGAGUUUGGUCGGACAAAAAUCUUUAUCAAGAACCCACAAAUAGUCUUCAAACUCGAAUCAGCCCGGGACGCAAAGAUCGAGGCUGUUGUGAGAAAAUUGCAGCUUGCAUGGAGAGCAUUUGUUAUUCGACGAAGAAGAGGCGAGUACAUCGAUCAGUUGAUGGAUGCAUUCAAGUUCAUCAAGACCGACGCCAAAUUUGGAAGGGAUUUCCAAUGGCCGAGAAACGUACCACGGCAACUCAUAUCAGGAGACUUAUACCUGAAGAAAGUCCAUGCCAACUGGUGGGCGUGGAAGAAGUUGUCUCUCAUACCCGAGAAGCUGCGUGAUGUGCUUCGUAUCCGAGUCUACGCUUGGCGAUGUUUGCGUGGAGAUUUUCAAGAUCGGCAGGUGCAGCAAGACGAGCUGAGCAAACCUCUCGACAUCAACCAGCCUCUCGGUCCGUACCAUGCUGUUGACCUGCCCGGUUACGAGGCCAAGACUCAAGCGUUGUGUACACGGUAUGGUGAUACGAAUGUUUUCUUCUCAACACAGACGGGGAAACUGAAUCGCUCUGGGAAAUUGGACAGACGAGUUCUCCUCCUGACAAAUCGUCGUCUGUACAAAAUGGACACCAAAUUCAAAGUCACACCAAAACGAAGCAUCGAGUUGUCAUCCAUCCAAUCCAUUUCACUCAACAAAACCCCAGACUCAUUCGCAAUAAUUCGAGUCAAAACGACUGGCCAAGAUUCUGUGUUCGACUUAGGCUUCACAUCUAAGAACCUCAUUGGCGAGUUUGUCGCUCACCUGUUUCUUGCCUGUCAACGUGCAGGCAACAAGUUGUGUGUCAAUAUAUUCGACGGAGUUGUGGAGUAUGAUAACAGCCAGAAGGCAGCCGGUGGAGCAAAAGCUCUCACGUUUCGUGCCGACUCCACUGCUCGAGAUCCUGGAGAUCCCGUAUGUCGGUACGAACGUCAAACUGUGCUCUAUAGUUUACCAAAGUCGUGAUGUGGUAGAGUGUCUAAGAAUGAGAAUGUAUUGUUAACUUAAAUAUUUAGUAUGUUGUUGGUCUAUGCCGGCCAUUAGUAACAGGGUUUUCUAUGACGUCGUGAGUUUUUAUUGACAAGAGUUCAUGAGUAAUUGUCACACGCGUACAGUAUGAUAUGAAUUUAUUGAUUUAUGUGCCCGUAUGGGAAGAAUGAAAGAAUAUUUCGCAACUGAA